UAUGUACGAGACCAGCAAAGCCGCAAUGUCUUCCACAUUUAUCUCGCGGGAGGAUGAUAUAGUCAUGAUAUCGCUGAGCAGCAAGGCGGGCCUCCUCGUCUUCCUGGUGCUGGCUGCAGUGUUCAACCUGGCUGCUACCCAGUUCGGCUACGAGCGUGAAUUUGGACUCGGCUACGGUGGAUUCGGCAGAGGAUUCGGAAGCUACGGCCGAGGCUUUGGAGGUUACGGACCUGGACUUGGAGGCUACGGCAGAUUCGGCCACGGAGUCUAUGGCUGAGCUUCGAAGUACUUCGCUGUCUUUGAAUAUAUAGUACAGCCAGGAGCCAUUGGCACUUUGUAACACCGUGAAGCACCCAGCUUGAAAUCAAUAAAUUACUUACGCUGCUACGUU